UCUGAGAUCCUGUGCAUUUGGAAACAGCCUUCACGAGCUGUGGGGUGAUCAGACCCUCCUCUUCAUUUCCAUCUCCAUCACUACAGCAUCACGGAGAACCUCUGCUUUUCUGAACAGACCUUUAAAAACCCAUUUGCAUUUGGGCGAAUUUCCCACCUUCAUUCACCAGUUUUGUGAUGUAUUGAAAGUUUUUGGAAAAUUUGGGGAGUUUGACUGAUUGAUGUUCUGCUGAUACUGGGGUGAAGAUGUCGGUCACGCGUUUGGCAGCGGCCACUCUCCUAACACUCUCAGUACUGACAUCAGUGAGAGCUCAAGUAACGCCUCCGUCAGACUUGAGGUUUAAGAUUUUAAACGAAAACACAGUGCAAAUGAUAUGGAAGCAACCGCUGUCAAGAAUUGAGGGCUUGAGAGUAGUAGUGACAUCGGAUACAGAAGAGCCUAUUAAGGAAUUCACACUUCCUCCAUCCGCAACCAAAACCUCCAUCAGAGAUUUGACCCCCGAUGUGGAUUACGUUGUUACGAUAAUUUCAUAUUCUGGAACGGAGGAGAGUAUACCAAUCUCUGGUCAAAUUACAAUCCAAUCAAGUGGUUUUGAAGGAGGUACCAGAAAACCUCAGGUCUCUGAUGCAGUCAAAUGCUCACCAAGUGCCAUUGCUGACCUUGUGUUCCUUGUGGAUGGCUCUUGGAGUGUCGGACGGGAAAAUUUUAAAUUCAUCCGCAGCUUCAUAGCAGCCAUGGCAGGCGCGUUUGACCUCGGAGAGGACAAGACUAGAGUGGGUGUGGUUCAGUACAGCACGGACACCAGAACUGAGUUUAACCUUAACCAGUAUUACAAAAGACCUGAGCUGCUCCGAGCCAUUAACAGUCUGCCGUACAAGGGUGGCAACACCAUGACAGGGGAAGCCCUGGACUACCUGCUGAAAAACAUGUUCACUGAGGCGACGGGGGCUCGUAAGGGAUUCCCCAGAGUUGCUGUAGUUAUCACAGAUGGGAAAUCUCAGGACCCCGUGGAGGGUUACGCCAAGAGGUUGAAGAACGCUGGAGUGGAAAUCUUUACUUUGGGGAUCAAAGAAGCAGAUGAGGAAGAGCUGAAACAAAUGUCUUCAACACCCUAUAGAACUCACGUGUACACAGUGCCAAACUUCGAUAUGAUCAAAGCUGUGGAGAAAUCACUCAUCACGCAGGUGUGCACCAGUGUGGAUGACCAGCUCAACUCGCUGGCUAGCGGCGAGGAAGUUGUUGAGCCAGCGUCAAACUUGCAUGUCACAGAGGUUGCGUCCAAGUCAAUGCGGGUGACAUGGGAUGCAUCUAUAGGGGAAGUGACUGGUUACAAGGUGCAGAUGGUUCCCAUGCUGGCUGGCAGUAAACGUCAGGAGCUGUACGUUGGGCCGACUCAGACCUCUGUGAAUGUGAGAGACUUGUCCCCUGAUACUGAGUACGAGAUCAGCCUGUUUGCACUCAAAGGUCUGACACCCAGUGAGCCGAUUAUGGGAAUGGAGAAAACCCAGCCUUUGAAAUUAUCGUUAGAAUGUUCUCUCGGUGUGGAUGUACAAGCCGAUGUUGUUCUCCUGGUUGACGGCUCCUACAGUAUUGGACUGGCAAACUUCGCUAAAGUUCGAGCUUUCUUAGAAGUCCUGGUCAACACCUUUGACAUUGGGGCAGACAAGGUUCAAAUCAGCUUGGUCCAGUACAGCAGAGACCCACACACCGAGUUCUACCUAAACACCCACCACGAUCUGAGCGCUGUGGUCAAAGCUGUGAGAACGUUCCCCUACCGCGGCGGCUCCACGAACACCGGCAAAGCUAUGACGUACGUGAGAGAGAGGAUUUUUGUUCCGACCAGAGGCGCUCGUGCGAAUGUACCUCGCGUUAUGAUUCUGAUCACCGAUGGGAAGUCCUCAGAUGCUUUUAAAGACCCGGCAGCUAAGCUUAAGAGCACGGAUGUAGAGAUUUUCGCAGUGGGCGUGAAAGACGCUGUCCGCUCGGAGCUGGAGGCGAUCGCUAAUCCUCCAGCGGAGACCCACGUGUACACCGUGGAGGACUUUGAUGCUUUCCAGAGGAUUUCCAACGAGCUAACCCAGUCCAUCUGUCUGAGAAUUGAGCAAGAGCUCCUGAACAUCAAGAGGAGAAGUCUGGUUGCACCCAAGUCUCUGACCUUCUCAGAGGUGACCUCCAGGAGUUUCCGAGCUACUUGGUCCAUAGAUGCCGUGGAUGUGCAGUCCUAUCUACUGCAAUAUAGACCUGACACUGAUUCAGAUGUAGGCUACAUCUCUGUCUCUGUGCCGGGAGACACCACUACGCUUGUCUUACAUCACCUUACUCCAGUCACAAAAUACGAGGUCAAAGUUUACGCCCAAUAUCAGAAGGGAGAAAGCUUUCCAGUAUCGGACUAUGAGACCACACUUGAAGAACAAGGAUCCGUGAACAACCUGAGGGUGUCUGAAGAGACCACCAGCAGUUUCCGUGUCUCAUGGGGGGCGGCUCCAGGUCCAGUAGUGCGGUACAGACUCACAUAUGUCCCGGUCCAAGGGGAUAGUGGGUUGCUAGAAACUGCAACAGAUGGCCCUGAGACCACCAUUAUUCUGCAGCAACUUUACCCAGUUACUACCUACCGUGUCUCUGUGGCAGCUGAAUACCCAUCAGGAGUUGGACCUCAGAUGCGGAUUGAUGGAACAACGAAAGAAGAACGUGGCUCACCGAGAGACCUGCGUGUUUCGGACGAGACCGUGUCGUCCAUGCAGCUGUCGUGGGCUGCGGCGCCAGGAAGAGUUUCACAGUAUCGCGUGUUCUACCAGCCCACGGAAGGUGGUGAGAUGAAGGAAGUGACGGUUAAGGGGGACACCACAGCAACCUUGCUAAAGAAUCUCCAACCAGGCACAGAGUACCAGCUGGCUGUGAGGGCACGCUACGCCUCUGGCUUAGGAGAGCCACUGCAGGGCACAGGAACCACACUAGAAGAGUUGGGCUCACCGAGAGACUUGAUAACCAGCGAUGUGACGGACACCAGUUUCAUGGCGUCAUGGACGGCAGCUCCAGGACGAGUGAGGCAGUAUCGUGUUCGCUGGAGGUCUCUGUUCUCUGAGGAGUCUGGGGAGAAGAUGGUGCCUGGGGAUGUGACCAGUGCGCUGUUGGAAAACCUCACCCCUGAAACACGCUACCAGGUGUCUGUGUUCGCGUCAUAUGACAGAGGGAAUGGAGAAGCACUUGUGGGAGAGGAGACCACUGAUGCAUCUGUAUCCGCCAAGGCUUUACUGGUGUUUGACGAAACCGAACGCACCAUGCGCGUGACGUGGAAAGCCGCUCCAGGCCCCGUGGUCAGCUACAGGCUCACGUACGUCCCUGAAGCCGGCGGCAAAGAGAUGACGAUGAAGAUCCCCGCCAACGUCACCAGCACCAUGCUGAGGAAACUGCAGCCCCUGACCACCUACAACAUCAAAGUGCAUCCCAUUUACAAACGAGGAGAAGGAAAAGCAAGGCAAGGAGUAGGAACCACACUGUCACCAUAUAAAGCCCCAAGAAACCUACAGACCUCUGAACCCACCAAAACCAGUUUCCGUGUAACCUGGGAUCCCGCUCCCGGUGAUGUUCGAGGGUACAAAGUCACUUUCCAUCCCAGCGGUAAUGAUAUUGAUCUGGGAGAAUAUCUUGUGGGGCCAUACGACAACACGGUUGUUCUGGAGGAACUCAGAGCUGGAACUAAAUACUCCGUGGCUGUUUUUGGCAUGUUUGAUGGAGGUCAAAGUAUGCCGUUGGCUGGGGAGGAGAAGACCACCCUCUCUGAUGCACCUGAAUCUCCUCCUGUUGAUAUCUUCGGAAAACCAUGUAUAACCACAGCCAAGGCUGAUAUCGUACUGCUGGUUGAUGGAUCCUGGAGUAUCGGCCGCUUGAACUUCAAAACCAUCCGGGAAUUCAUUGGCCGCAUGGUGGGCGUCUUUGACAUUGGCCCUGACAAGGUUCAAAUCGGUUUGGCUCAGUACAGCGGGGAUCCCAAAACCGAGUGGCAUUUGAACGCCCACGCCACCCGUGAAUCCCUGCAGAAUGCUGUGACCAACUUACCCUACAAAGGCGGAAACACAAUGACGGGUAUGGCCUUGAACUACAUCCUCCAGAACAACUUCAAACCAAAUGUGGGUAUGAGACCCGAUUCUCGUAAGAUUGGCGUCCUUAUUACAGACGGCAAAUCUCAAGACGAGAUUAUAGUGAAUUCUCAGAGACUGCGUGACUCGGGCAUUGAGCUCUAUGCCAUCGGUGUGAAAAAUGCAGAUGAAAAUGAGUUGCGAGCCAUUGCCUCUGACCCUGAUGAAAUUCACAUGUACAACGUCAACGACUUCUCCUUCUUGGUUGACAUUGUGGACGACCUCACUGUCAACCUCUGUAAUAGUGUUAAAGGCCCAGGCGGCGGCCCAGGGACGCCCACUGAUCUGGUGACUUCUGAGGUCACACACUACUCCUUCCGCGCUACCUGGAUGCCACCCGACGAGCCAGUGGAGAAGUUCCGUAUCGAGUACGUCCCUGCCGCCGGAGGAAAUACUGAAGUGAUGUUCGUUGAUGGCGAAGAAAACACAGUUGUCCUGGUCAACUUGAACCCCAUGACCGAGUAUAUUGUCAGGGUCUAUGGAGUGAUCGGUGAGGAGAGCAGCGAGCCUUUGAAAGGAACCGAAACCACAUUGCCCCUACCUGGUGUCACCAGCAUGACUGUGUACGACGAGGCCGUGACAUCCAUGCGGGUCAGAUGGGAGCUAGUGAGCGGAGCCAGUGGGUACUUGCUGCAUUACAACAGCAUCAACGCCAGCGUGCCUUCUGGAAAGAUGGAGAUGCGAGUUGCUGCAGAUGUGAACGAUGUCCAGCUAUUGCAGCUGCUUCCAAACACGGCGUAUUCGAUCUCCCUGUUCGCGCUUCACGGAGAGGCAUCCAGUGAACCCUUAAUCGACAGAGGAGUUACUCUGCCUCUGCCUCCAGCGGGUGAGCUGAGAAUCACAGAAGUGACUCACAGCUCCAUGCGUCUCACCUGGGACGCAGCUCCUGGGAACGUCCGCAAAUACAUCAUCACCUACAAGCGAGAGGAUGGAGACCUCAAAGAGGUUGAGGUCAACGGUGACAUCACCACUCUGGUUCUCACCAGCCUCCGCUCUCAGACGGAGUAUGAUGUUGCCGUCACUCCCGUCUACGACGAGGGUCCAGGAAAUCCCAUGCUUGGCAGUGCAGUAACUGAUGUGGUACCUGCGCCCAAGAACUUGAGGUUUUCGGAAGUGGGCCAGACGUCAUUCAGGGCUACAUGGGAGCAUGGAGCACCAGACGUCGAACUGUACCGCGUCGGUUGGACCAAGCAGGGCGAGAACAAGUUCAAAUACGAAAUCCUGAGUCGUGAAGAGACAAGCCACGUUUUGCCAGAUUUAGACCCAGACACAAUGUAUGACGUCACUAUCACAGCCAUCUACCCCGAUGAGUCGGAGAGCGAGGAUCUGAUGGGGAGCCAACGCACAUUGUCAAAGGUCAUUACACCCGUGCCCAGUGGACCACCACAAAACCUUCAAGUGUUCAAUGCCACCACUACAACUCUAACCGUGAAAUGGGAUCAUGCGCCAGGCCCUGUCCAGAACUACAAAGUCACCUACCAACCUGUUGCGGGUGGAAAACCGCUGUCUGUUCAAGUCGGUGGAAAGAAGAACAGCGUCAUUCUUCAGAAGCUGACCCCUGACACCCCUUAUUCCAUAACUGUGGCUGCCGUCUAUCGCACCGGAGAAAGUAAAGAUAUAUCCGGCCAAGGAAAAACAAAAGCCUUAGGAGGAGUGAGAAACCUGCAGGUUUUGAACCCCACCAUGACCACACUGAAUGUUCGCUGGGAGCCAGCAGAAGGAAAAGUGAAGGAGUAUAAGGUCAUCUACGUGCCUGCGGCUGGCGGUGCCGAAAGCAUGGAGCAGGUAUCAGGAACCACCACCAGCACAGUUCUGAGAGGCCUUCAGUCCGACACGCUUUACACUGUGACCUUAAUUCCUGUUUACGCAGAGGGAGACGGCCAGCGAAUGUCUGAGAAUGGAAAAACAAGGGCUCUGGGUGGUGUGAAGAACCUGAGGGUCACCGACCCAACCAUGACCUCUCUGAAUGUCAAAUGGGACCCCGCGGACGGUGCCGUGCGCCAAUACAAAAUUUUCUUCGUCCCUGCAGCUGGAGGAACUGAGGCAAUGGAACAAGUACCUGGGGCCCAAACAUCUAUAGUUUUAAGAAACCUGCAGCCUGAUACUCCAUACACCGUAUCUGUGGUUCCAGUGUAUCCCGCCACAGAGGGCAGGCGCCAGUCUGAGAAUGGAAGGACAUUGCCUCUUGGAGGUGUUCAAAACCUCCUUCUCAUUAAUCCCACCUUCACAACACUCACUGCCACAUGGGAUGCCGCCGACGGGAACGUGCAGGGUUACAAAGUGUUGUACGUGCCCACCAACGGAGGAACUGAGCUCAUGGAACAAGUGUCUGAGAGCACCACAACAUUAGUGUUGAGUAAACUCCUGCCAGACACCAUGUACACAGUGACUGUUUUGCCAGUGUACGCUGAAGGAGAUGGACCUCAACUCUCUGAGAAGGGAAAGACUAAACCUUUGGGCAGCGUGAGGAACCUACAGGUAACAGAUCCAACUAUCAGCACCUUGAACGUACGCUGGGAGCCGGCAGAAGGCAAUGUGCGGGAAUACAUUGUUAUUUACGUUCCUACCGGAAGCGAAAAUCAGGAAGUGGAUCAAGUUUCUGGAACCACCACCUCCACUGUUCUGAAGAACUUAGAGCCUGACACAUCCUACACUGUGACUUUGGUGCCAGUAUAUCAUGAGAUGGAGGGCAAGCCUCUUUCUGAGAAUGGAAGAACAAGACCGUUGGGUGGAGUUCGCAACCUUCAGGUUACCGAUCCCACCAGCAGCACCCUCAAUGUGCGAUGGGAGCAUGCUGACGGAAACCCUCGCAAUUACAAGGUUUUCUACAUCCCGCAGCCUGGAGACUCUGAGAAGAUGGAACUUGUUUCAGGUGGCACGACAAGCACUGUCCUACGUAAUCUCAAUGCUAACACGGUAUACAAGGUCACAUUGUUGCCUAUGUAUGAAAAUGACGUGGAAGGAAAACGCCAGUCAGAGAAUGGAAAGACAAAGCCAUUGGGAAAUGUGAAGAACCUCCAGGUGACAGAUCCAACUGUGAACUCUUUGAGAGUCCGAUGGGACCCAGCAGAUGGAGAUGUUCGUCAGUACAAUGUCAUCUAUGUCCCUGUUGCUGGUGGCGCUUCAAGCAUGACCCAAGUGUCGGGAAUGUCCACCAAUACUGUUCUGAGAAACCUGCAACCAGACACAGAGUACAGAGUCACCGUAGUACCAGUAUAUCCCGAUGCCGAAGGAAAGAAACAAUCAGAGAAUGGAAAAACAAAGCCUCUGGGUGGAGUUAAGAACCUGCAGGUCACCGAUCCUACAACCAGUUCACUGAAGGUGCGUUGGGAGCCCGCUGAGGGUAACGUCCGGCAGUAUCGAAUCUUCUACGUCCCAGCAAGAGGUGGUGCGGAAGACAUGGAGCAGGUUUCUGGAGGCACCACCAACACCGUCUUGAGGAACCUUCUGUCAGACACGGUCUAUACAGUGACUGUGGUUCCUGUUUAUCCAGAGGGAGAGGGUCUCCGGCAGUCCGAGAAAGGAAAGACACUUCCAAGAGUCCCACCCCGGAAUAUCCAGGUCUACAACCCAACUCCUAACACUCUGAAUGUGCGCUGGGAACCCGCCUCGGGUCAAGUGCAGCAGUACAGGGUCACCUACGCCCCACUGAGCGGCAUCCGACCUCUUGAAUCUGUUCUUGUUCCAGGCAACAUCAACAAUGCUUUCCUGGAUCAGCUCAUCCCGGAUACGCCGUACUCUGUGAAUGUGAUGGCGGUAUAUGCCGACGGUGAAGGCACAGGAAUUGAUGGAAAAGGAAAAACACUACCACGAGCUGGACCCAGGAACAUGAGGGUCUUUGAAACCACCACAAGCACGAUCAGCAUUGGCUGGGAUCACGCUGAGGGUCCCGUACAGCAAUAUAAGAUUGCGUACGCUCCAUUGACGGGAGAUCCCAUCACAGAAUUUACUGUUGUUCCAGGCAACAGAAAUAAUGCUAUCCUUCAAAAUCUGCUCCCUGACACACCAUACAACAUCACAGUUACAGCAGUUUAUCCCGAGGGACCUGGCGGAUCCCUAAACGGAAAUGGAAAAACACUCGGCCUGUUGGCACCUCAGAGCCUGCGUGUCUCCGACGAGUGGUACACUCGCUUCCGUGUGUCCUGGGAUCCGGCUCCAGCUCCAGUCAUGGGAUACAAACUAGUCUAUCAACCAACAGAUAAAGAUGAGUCUUUGGAGGUGUUUGUUGGUGACGUCACCAGCUAUACCCUACAUAACCUGCUUCCCGGCACAACGUAUGAUGUUCAGGUGUACGCCCAAUACGAUAGCGGUGUCAGCAAACCUCUUAUAGGACAAGGAACAACUUUGUACCUCAAUGUGACCAACCUGGAGACGUACAACGUUGGCUACGACAGGUUCUGCAUCAAAUGGACACCCCACCGCGCCGCCACAUCUUACAGAAUCAAGCUGAACCCUCUGGACCCGGCAGCUAAAGGUCAGCAGGAGAUCACCAUCACUGCGGGUCAGACUCAAUACUGUUUCGAUGGUUUGAGUCCGGACUCCCUCUACAACGCCACCGUGUUUGUCCAGACGCCCAAUCUAGAGGGGCCCGGAGUCAGCACCAAAGAACGCACCCUUGUUAAACCCACACCUGUUCCAACAAAACCACCCACUCCUCCUCCACCACCCACUAUUCCACCCGGCUGGGCAGUAUGCAAGGGAGCAAAGGCAGAUGUAGUUUUCCUCAUCGAUGGCUCCUGGAGUAUCGGAGAUGAUAGUUUUAGCAAAGUGGUCCAGUUUGUCUUCAGUGUCGUUGGCGCCUUUGAUGUCAUCAGCCCAUCGGGAAUGCAGGUUUCAUUCGUGCAGUACAGUGAUGAUGCAAAGACUGAGUUCAAACUCAACACGUAUAAUGAUAAAGGCACUGCUCUUUCCGCUCUGAAACUCAUCCGCUACAGAGGAGGAAACACCAAGACAGGUGUGGCUCUGAAGCACGUGUACGAGAAGGUCUUCACUCUAGACAGUGGAAUGAGAAGAAACGUACCGAAGGUUGUGGUGGCCGUAACAGAUGGACGUUCUCAGGAUGAAGUGAAGAAGAAUGCUGCCAAGCUACAGCAAGCUGGUUACAGUGUGUUUGUUGUUGGCGUGGCCGACGUGGACUUUGUCGAACUGCAGAACAUUGCCAGCAAACCGAGCGAGCGCCACGUCUUCGUGGUGGACGACUUCGAUGCCUUCUCCACCAUUCAGGACAACCUGGUCACGUUCAUCUGUGAAACCGCAACAUCCACCUGUCCGUUGAUCUACGUAAAUGGAUUCACAUCACCAGGAUUCAGAAUGCUGGAAGCUUUCAAUCUGACUGAGAAGAUGUACGCUAGUACCAAGGGUGUCUCUAUGGAGCCUGGUUCCUUCAACAGCUACACCGCCUACAGGCUCCACAAGAACGCUUUCCUGAACCAGCCCUCAUCGUACGUUCAUCCUGAUGGUCUGCCUCCGACAUACACCAUCAUUUUGAUGUUCCGCCUGUUGCCGGACUCCCCGACCGAGGCCUUCGAUAUCUGGCAGGUGUCAGACAAGAAUUACAAACCUGAGACCGGUUUCACCAUCGACCCAUCCUCGCAAACUGUGUCAUUUUAUAAUAAGGAUACAACAGGAGAGAUCCAACGAGCCACGUUUAAAAACGAUCAAGUCAAGAGGAUUUUCCAUGGAAGCUUCCAUAAGCUCCACAUCCUGGUGUCUCCCAAGAGCGUCAAGCUGAACAUAGACUGCCAGGAAGUGGCUGAGAAGGAGAUUAAACCAGCAGGAAACACAUCGAUGGAUGGAUUUCAAGUGCUUGGAAAGAUGUCCAAAUCUAUUGGAUCUAAAGGAGAAUCUGCAACAUUUCAGCUCCAGAUGUUUGACAUUGUUUGCAGUCUCGGCUGGACCAGCAGGGACAGAUGCUGUGACCUUCCUUCAAUGAGAGAUGAAUCCAAAUGUCCACCUCUUCCCAAUGCCUGCACAUGCACCACAGAGAGUACAGGACUCCAGGGGCCUCAGGGGCCAGUGGGUGCACCUGGAAGCAAAGGACCACGAGGGGAGAGAGGAGAACCUGGUCAAAGUGGUCCGAUGGGCCUACGUGGAGAGAUGGGUUUGCCGGGUCCGAUGGGCCCUCCAGGACCACAGGGCCCUAGUGGGCUCUCCAUCCCCGGCGAGGCUGGUCGUCCAGGUCCAAAAGGGGAUCCAGGCGAUGCUGGCUUACCUGGACAGAAAGGUCCACCAGGACCGGCUGGUGCCAUCGGGCCUAUUGGACCAGCUGGAAUAAGGGGACCCCCAGGGAAGGAGGGGCCAGUGGGACCCAUGGGCCCACAAGGACCAAUGGGACCCCCAGGAGCCCCUGGAAUGCCAGGACCUACUGGAAAGCCUGGAAAGAAUGGAGAUACAGGUGUCCCGGGACCUACUGGGGUUAAAGGAGACAAAGGAGACAGAGGAGACAUCGCAUCCCAGAGCAUGAUGCGCUCUAUUGCCAGACAAGUCUGCGAACAGCUCGUGAACGGACAAAUGGGUCGAUUCAAUGAAGUGCUGAAUCAGAUCCCCAGCAACUAUCACAGCAACAGUCCAGGGCCCAGCGGUCCCCCUGGACCUCCCGGACCCAUGGGACCACGCGGAGAGCCCGGUCGGAUAGGCAGGAAUGGCCUUCCCGGAAGUCCAGGGUUGCCUGGUCAACCGGGAGAACGAGGCCCAGCUGGAGAAAAGGGAGACAGAGGAAGUCCAGGCAUCGGAGAGAAAGGGCAGAGAGGAGUCCCCGGACCACCUGGCCCACCUGGUGAGUCCAGAACCGGUCCUCCCGGUUCAACUGGCCCUGCGGGCAUCCGCGGUCCACCCGGUCGCAAUGGUGUCGCUGGUGUACGUGGUCCACCCGGCCCGCCUGGCUACUGCGACUCCUCUCAGUGUGUCGGUAUCCCGUAUAACGGACAGGGUUACAGAGGUUCAUAAACUUUCUAAACCACCUGUGCUGCUUACACUUUGAAAUCCUGAGAAAAUCACAUGUUAUUGGGCUCUGUGCGGAUAACCAACCACGGAGAUGAUUAAGCGAACACUAUUGAACAAAAGCAAACAAACAAAACAAACAAAUAAAAGCAACAAACAGAGAUUACGAUCUGCGGAUGGGUACUAACAACAACUCACAGCCACGGGCAUCAGUGACGGCAGUCAAAACAACCCGAAAAACAAGCUGCAGUCGGCUGGAGACGCAUGACCAAAACUCGCAAAAACACACCAGCAACCACAACAAAUACUAACCAGGUGGAUCUGUAGCCAAAACAACUGUCAUUUAGCAUGUUAACUCAAAGAGGUUUUGUUUAGCUGUACUUAAACUAAUCAUGCCUAGUAAGUGAAGCCCAGUCCACUAAAAAGCCAUAGUUUUAACCCUCGUAGUGAGCUUGAAUUCAACUGCUUGCAUAAUGCUGACACCAGCGCCUCUUAUUUUACUGCGUGCCUUAAGUGAUCUCACAGACGUUUGCUCAGGGCCAGUUUCUUUUUGUCUUUUUGUUCAUCGGACCCUGGAGGUUUCUCUUCUUCUUCUUUUUUUUUUCUUUUAGUAUGUAUGCACUCAUCUUGCCAGUUUAAUUUCCUAAAGGUUCAUUUCCGUAU